CGUAAAACACAAGGUGGUUACUGAAUGUCAGCUUUUAUUUGUUUAAACUUGAAGCAAUUCUGAUGUUUUCUGAUGUUCAAUUGGACAGAAAGAGAAAACAAACCCACCUUCAUGGAUUUCUUGCCUCCAUUCAAGAGCUAAAAAAAAGUUGUUGCUAGAUAUAAUUGCCUAAUAUAGCUUAUUCUCGAUUAUAUUCUUAAUUCUUAGCACCCAAGCUCAGUUGACACAAGACAGAAAGUAAAUUUCAGUGGUAGAAACAUGAGAAACCAGAGGAAAGAUGACACACAAAAGUGUUAUGUCAUCUAAACUAUUUUCAGUUUAGAAGAGGAGUUAUAAGCAAAGUGCUCUGUUACUUGUAUUGUCAGUGUCACCAUCAUCAAAUCAUUCUGAAAGCGCACUUUGGUUAGUGUGACCUGCCACAUAGGGCUUAUGAGUGUGUCAUGCUCUCCAUAUGAUUUUGUGUCAUGUGUGGUUUAGAUGCAGAGGGACUAUCUUUUUUAUUUUCCCACGUGGAACUUGUAGGCAACCAACAUGACAGUGACUGUUGCGCAAAGUUCCCCUUUUUAGCCUUUACAGUCCACCAACACUUCCUGUUUAUUUUCUCAGGCUCCUAAUUUCUUAGAGAGGAUGAAGAUGAUCACAGAAAAUUUUGUUUUGCUUGUCAGAAAGAGAGCAGGAUCUUGCAGACAGGCCUUAACGUCUCUGCUGUCAUACCUCUGGGAAGUUUACUCGGCACCUUCUCCUGCAGGCAGGGACAUCCUCACUCUGCUGUCUCUCUGUUUCACACUUGCCUGUGUUACUGGUGGCUUGCUUCACCACUGGCUGUCAAAAAGUCUGAGAUAUGAUUACGAAGUGUCGGUUCAAACUGUCAGUAUCUACAGCGUGAGCAUGUUUCUGGUCUCCUUCCUGUGUCAUCCCCUGCGCUGUGUGCUAACAAUGAUUCUUCCUACAGUCUGCACCAAGCAAGGACGGAAACUCCUCAUCACGGCCUCUGUCAUGAUUUUGGUGCUGAAUGUCAUCCCUAAUAUCACAGUAAAUGUGGGAGCAGUGGCACGCAUCCUGAAAUGCACUGCUGAGGGUUUUGCAAAGACUUUAUUAAACUCAUCUGAACCUUUGAACAAAGCCAAGACAGACCUUGUUGAAGAAGCCAUCAAAGUAAAGUGGGAGGACUUGAGCAUUGUUACCAACUUAAGGACUUUGGAUCAUUACACACAUAUUGAUGUGUCAGAUGUCAAAAGCAUGUUUACUAAGAUAAUUGGGAAGAUAGAGGUCAACUUCUCACAUGCCAGGAACCUCCUCAGAGAAUACAAACUGCUGUCAAACCGGAUUCUUGCUGCCGUCUUUGUUGCACUGCUGAUCGCUGAGUCUGCACGCUACUUGAAAUCUUAUCUGACAUCAGUUCAUUUUGAUAAUGGGUACAUCUCCAAAGAGCUCUUGCAAAAAAUGCCAGUUAAUGAAAGGCCAGCUAAAAAUAAAAUCAAUCUUGAAAACUGUAAAGUAAUAAGUCAGGAAUGUUCCUCUUGUUUCCUAUCACUGAUUGUGGUAACUUUAUAUUUCAUUGCAAUAACCCUAAUAGUAGUUUUGGAUCAUGUUGUGUACUAUAUAGUUCAGAUGAUUGUGCCAUGGUUGCUGGAUUUUCCACCUACAUCUGCUGUUAUAAGUGUCAAUUAUAAGGUUCAGUGGUUCCCCCCUGCGUUUUGUAUUAUCCCACAAUCCUGCAUCAAACGGGAGCUGGUAAACUUCCACAGGGAUUACAAGUGGAAUUUCAGCCCUGGGCCAUCUCUCUGUGAUGUGACAACUUCAGCUCCAAACCUGGGAGUCACACUCCUGCUGGGAUGUCUCUGGCUGAUGAGCUACUUUCUGGUUUUCCUCGAGGUUUACGCAAGGCAGAUACGCAGAAAAAUCUCUGCAUCCUUCUUCAGAAAGCAGGAGGAGAAGAGAAUAGCUUACUUGAUGAGGAAAAUGCAUGUGAAGCAAAAUAAAAAACACAGAAAAGGGCACAUUUCUGUUCAUGUGCAAGUUUGAAUGACAUGUAACAGCUAAUGAAUAGACUGCUAUGGCAAUGGGUUGCAUGUUUAGACCAUUUGGAUCAACUUAUCUAGUGGUACUUUCACUUUGUGAUGUAACCAAAGUCGUGUGGAUGUGUAAUUUUGUAUAUUGGUAUGAUCUGUCCUGUUAGCCUUUUAAUUACGAACUCUAAUAGAACAGCUUUGCUUGAUUCACAGUUCAAAAAGUUAUCUUAUACUGGGCUUUGGUGCAGCCCCUCUCUUUAUUUUCUAUCCCUACUCACACCCAUCAAAACCAACUUUAGUUGUUGUUUUUUUUAUUUGAGGCUUUUUGCAAACAAAAGGUUCAUGCCCACAGAGCUGUGUAUUUGUGUCGUAUUAAGGCUGUUCAACGACUUCAUACAAGAGUAGAAAUAACAGAGCUGUCUCAAUCCUGACCUUUUGGCUCACAGGGCUCACAGUGUUUCUUGUUUCAUUCGGUGGUCUUCGUUGUUUGUGUUUUGCAAAAUGUAAACUGAAUACAGUGCAUCCUGUGUAUGAGUCACAGUUAUAACACCUUUCCUCUGUAAGCGAGUCAACACUCAACAUACGCCUCUUCAAACCCUGUGGUUCAAAGCGAUGCACCAACACUUCUGCUGAAUCUGCAUCUUGUUUUGGACAGAGACUCGCCUGGUAACUUUUCCCCCCCAUGAUAUCAUCACAGAGCAAUGUUUUCCGUGUUCUCUUUUAUUUCUUUUAUUUCUCUGCAAGUUAGCCUUUUUUUGUUGUUGUUGUUUUACCAUCCAGCCCCACUAGAUGCCACCAUGGUGCUUUGGACAGCUGGGGACAAAGACUAAUAAGAGGUGGUAGUUCCUGUCAGGAAAUGAACAGUAACAGGUCGGAUCUUACAGUUUUUGGAACACUGUACUGACCCGAAUACCUUUAAUAGAUUAAAUGAAUCUGUUUCAUCCACAUGUUCAAUGAUUCGUCAGCUUAUUUUAAUCACAGUGCCCCUAUUUCCUUUCUCUUUUGCAUAUCAGUAUGCUCCUGCUUAAAAUUCCCAUGAAGCUGUGAGGGUUUAUUUUAAGACCUCAUCCCAGAAUAUUAAUAGACUUCUUCAUUGUCUAUUUUUACUCGUGACUUUUGGCCACUUCACAAUUGUCUCCGCAGUGUAGAGAUGAUAAUAAUAAAUUAUUCAUGUUUUGUCUGAUAUU